AAGACAUCAGUAGUGCAAGAGAAGGGUGUUUUACCACAAUGACCGAAAGACUGGCUGCUUUGAUUCUUCUUAGUACAGUGUCUCUGAUUCAAACUGCAGAGGUUCCUCAGCAGAUUUCAGUAAAUGUGGUUGAAGUUGGUGGGAAUGUGACUUUGCAGUGUCAAAUCUCUGAGAAGGAAGGUCAGUUCUUUAACUGGUACAGGCAGACUCCUGGAUAUAUGGUCCAAACAGUUGCUAAAGGAACUUAUUCCAAGCAAACGCUGACUGGACAAUUUGAUAAUUCACGUUUCAAAGUCACAGAAGGGGAGGCUGAGUAUCUUCUUACCAUCAACAAUGUAACCAAAGAGGAUGAAGCAACAUAUUUCUGUCAAAGUGGAGCAGCGUAUUCACAGAGCUUUGUUAAUGGCACCUAUCUGGCUGUGAACGAUCAGAAUCAGCAGAAAUCUGUCCACGUGAAACAAAGUCCAGAGACAGCAUCAGUCCAACUGGGGGAGCCAGUGACUCUCCAGUGUUCACUUCUCUCCAAGAACAAAGAAACCAGAGUCCAGUGUCCAGGUGAACACAGUGUGCACUGGUUCAGAGCUGGAUCAGGAGGAUCUCAUCCAGGAAUCAUUUACACUCAGAGGAACAGAUGUGAUGAACAAGAGGAAAGGAGCUGUGUCUACAGUUUGUCUAAAACUAUACAGGACUCCUCUGAUUCUGGGACUUACUACUGUGCUGUGGUCACAUGUGGAGAGAUCCUGUUUGGUGAAGGAACUAAAGUUGAGACAACACCACAACUGGACCCAGUUGACUUUGUGCUUGGAGGACUGCUGGCCUGCAGUCUGGCUGUGAUCACUGUCCUUGUUUUCUGCUUGAAUCAAAGGAGAGCUUGUAAAAAUUGCAAAGGAUCAACAAGUGCCACACACAACCCUGGACAUGACAAGUUGGCAGUUGAUCAAUCAACUGACCUGGAUGGUGAUGGAGAAGCAGUGAACUAUGUAGCACUGAAUUUCUCCUCGAGGAGAGUGAAAAGAGGGAAGAUUCAGAGAGAGUCACCACAGGAGUGUGUGUACUCUGAUGUGAGAGCAAACCAUCACCCAUCGCACUAACCCUCUCUAUGGUCAGAGCAUGUGAAUCAGACCUCAAGUCUAUACAGAGGACUUCAGCUUCGCUCAUCUUUGCAUGGCUGACACCAUGAAUAGUGCAGUUGCACUGGGUCGCAUGCCUUUUGUACAUACACAUACAUUUUAUAAUGACAUUGGUUUUAACCUGAUGGUUUAGAAAUUAAUUUUAAGUCUGUAAACUUCAGGAUGUAUGAUUCAGCCUAUGUUGGUUCUAUGUUGGUUCUCCAGACAUAAACACUUCCUAUAGGUUCAGCCAUUCUGGGUGAACAUGACUGAUUGUACAAGCCUGAGUACUGAAGUUGAAAGUAAUGAAAUAUUUACGCAUCAGUGCCUCAGGACAGAAAAUGUGGGUUUGACAUAUAUACUAAAGAAGAUGCUACAUUCAAGUUGGACUACGCCCAUUUUAUUGCCAAGUUUCUAACAUUCAACCUGAACUUGGAGUAGCCAGUACAAUGCUGUACUGUAAGUCAUGUCUAUCAUCAAAACCUUGCAUGCCACAUUCACACAGGGUGUUACACCACCUCCAUUGUGGUGUGCAUACCCUUUUUUUGCUAACUGUCAUUACAAUUUCAAAAUGUAGAGUCUUUUUUUUGUAAAGUUAAUCUGUCAAAGGUCACAAGUGAAGCUGCUUUGAUCUUUCCUCAUAACAUCAAUAAACACUGUCAAACUCCA